AUGUCUGUCACACACUGUCUCUUCUUGAAGUUCAAGCCAGAUAGCGAGGUGUCCAGAGAGGUAAAGGCAAAGACCUACCUCGAUUUGCUGGGAUUGAAGGAGAACUGUCGUCAUCCGGACACUGGCAAGCCCUACAUGUUGUCCAUCAAAGGGGGAAUGGACAAUUCUGUCGAGGAGGGAGGAAGCAAAGGUAUGACCCAUGGAUUUGUCAUGGAGUUUGCCAGCGUAGAGGAUCGGAACUAUUACAUCCAUGAGGACCCCCAUCACCUGCGUCUUGAGGAUCAGAUAAGAGCCAUCAUGGAGGACGGGGUAGCAGUCGACUUUACCCCAACUAUCUUCUACGACUGGGCUUCGAAGGAUGACAAUGGAACGAAGAUCAAUGGAAGCAAGGCCAAUGGAAAAAAGUGA